CAUGUUAGUAUCGGCCACGACAUUGAUAUUGCCGGUGCUGGUGGCAAGACCUAUAACCUUGACAGCGGCACCAUCUCGCAACAACUUGUUCCGGACGUCUUCGUCAAGUGCACAGUCAAUGGAAUGCAGCCUGCCGAUAUCACUGCCGACACGCAUGAUAAGAAGUACGUGAAC